GGCGCCGCGCCAGGGGGACGCGCUUGGGCGACGGACGCGCCACGCCGGGGAAGCCGUUGGGCGCCGGAAGCAGUUGCGGCCCGACUCACAACCCUGCGGGACCCGGCCCGACCCCGGCGCGCGCGCGGCGGAGGACGAGGAAGAGUUGUGGAGAGGCCGAUCCUGCCCCGCGGCCGCGGCCGUCUCGUAGGUCGGCCCCAGGAGGCUCCCGGGAACGCCUGUCAGUGCGAUGCUGCCCCAUGUGAUGCUCACCUUCCCGCGCCUGGGCUGUGCCUUGGCCUCCUGCCGGCUGGCUCCUGCGAGACACAGAGGAAGUGGUCUUCUGCACACAGCCCCGGUGGCCUGCUCAGACAGGAGUGCCCCGGUGUUCACCCGUGCCCUGGCCUUUGGGGACAGAAUCGCCCUGGUUGACCAGCACAGCCGCCACACGUACAGGGAGCUUUAUUCCCGCAGCCUUCGCCUGUCCCAGGAGAUCUGCAGGCUCCGCGGGUGUGUCAGCGGGGACCUCCGGGAAGAGAGGGUCUCCUUCCUGUGCGCUAACGACGCCUCCUACGUCGUGGCCCAGUGGGCCUCGUGGAUGAGCGGCGGUGUGGCAGUCCCCCUCUACAGGAAGCACCCCGCGGCCCAGCUGGAGUACGUCAUCUGCGACUCCCAGAGCUCUGUGGUCCUCGCCAGCCAGGAGUACCUGGAGCUGCUGAGCCCAGUGGUCAGGAAGCUGGGGGUCCCGCUGCUGCCGCUCACACCAGCCAUCUACACUGGAGCAGUACAGGAACCGGCAGAAGUCCCAGUCCCAGAGCAGGGGUGGAGGGACAAGGGCGCCAUGAUCAUCUACACCAGUGGGACCACAGGGAGGCCCAAGGGCGUGCUGAGCACGCACCAAAACAUCAGGGCUGUGGUGACCGGGCUGGUCCACAAGUGGGCGUGGACCAAAGACGACGUGAUCCUCCACGUGCUCCCGCUGCACCACGUCCAUGGCGUGGUCAACGCGCUGCUCUGUCCUCUCUGGGUGGGAGCCACCUGUGUGAUGAUGCCUGAGUUCAGCGCUCAGCAGGUCUGGGAAAAGUUCUUAAGUUCUGAAACGCCGCGGAUCAAUGUCUUUAUGGCAGUGCCUACAAUAUACACCAAGCUGAUGGAGUACUACGACAGGCAUUUUACCCAGCCACAUGCCCGGGAUUUCUUGCGUGCAGUUUGUAAAGAAAAUAUUAGGCUCAUGGUCUCAGGCUCAGCCGCCUUGCCCCUCCCAGUGCUGGAGAAGUGGAAGAACAUCACGGGCCACACCCUGCUGGAGCGGUAUGGCAUGACCGAGAUCGGCAUGGCUCUGUCCGGGCCCCUGACCGCCGCCGCGCGCCUGCCAGGUUCCGUGGGGACCCCGCUGCCUGGAGUACAGGUGCGCAUUGUCUCAGAAAACCCACAGAAGGAAGGCUGCUCCUACACCGUUCACGCAGAGGGAGACGAGAGGGGGACCAAGGUGACCCCAGGGCUUGAAGAAAAGGAGGGGGAGCUGCUGGUGAGGGGACCCUCCGUGUUUCGAGAAUACUGGAAUAAACCAGAAGAAACUAAAAGUGCAUUCACCCUGGAUGGCUGGUUUAAGACAGGGGACACCGUGGUGUUUAAGGACGGCCAGUACUGGAUCCGAGGCCGGACCUCAGUGGACAUCAUCAAGACCGGAGGCUACAAGGUCAGCGCCCUGGAGGUGGAGUGGCAUCUGCUGGCCCACCCCAGCAUCACAGAUGUGGCUGUGAUUGGAGUUCCGGAUAUGACAUGGGGCCAGCGGGUCACUGCUGUGGUGACCCUCCGAGAAGGACACUCACUGUCCCACAGGGAGCUCAAAGAGUGGGCCAGAGAUGUCCUGGCCCCGUACGCAGUGCCCUCGGAGCUGGUGCUGGUGGAGGAGAUCCCGCGGAACCAGAUGGGCAAGCUUGACAAGAAGGCGCUCAUCAGGCACUUCCUCCCCGCAUGACCCGGUAGGCUGGGGCCGCGGGUCUGGCGGGGAGCAGCAGAGGUCCCCUUCACACUGAGCGCCACAGGGCCCCGUCCAAGACCUGGCCUUGAACCUGAACCCCCAAAUCAGGUCACGUAGAAUCAAGAACUGUUUGGGUGAAAUCACCAUGUGAGGUCCCCAGCCUCGGGCCAGUUGUUGCAGCUCAAGGAGACCGUCCCUGGUGUCACCUCUGCCUGGUGGCCGCCGACCUCACCUGUGCAGUGCGAUGCAGCCAUGCUCUGGUGUUGCCAGCCCCUGGCCCCACGUGCUCAGGCACCUCCCGCCCCACAGUGCCCUGCAGUUGCCAGGCUCUCCAGGGCAGGUCCCGGAGGUGUCCCCCAAAAAAGAAAAGACUCCACUGGAGGAAACGAGCCCCUGUCCCACGCCGUCUGCCCGUGCCUGUGACUGCGCGCAGACAUGUCUGCACGUGCCUGUGCCUCACCCGGAGCCAGUGUCUCCCGGCCCACAUAGGAGGUCUGGGCGGCCACCCAGGGGGCCCUCCUGGGAGGAGCUGAGGGUUCACAAGCCUCCCAGAACCAGCCCUGUCCCAUAGGUUCCGGGCGUUUCCUGGUGCCACUCUCAGGAGAGCAGCUCCCACUGUGGGGACACCUGCCACCCUGCACACUACUGUGUGUCCGUCAGCAUGUGUCACAAAGUGCGUGGACAGACAGCCCUGGAGCUGCUCUGCCAUGACCCUGCCUCACCCCCCAGUGCAGGGACCUUCCAGGUCAUCUCCACACCAGCCCCUCAGCCAGUGAACCCUCCUUCCCAUCACCGUCUCUACCCAGACCCCCACGUACCCCAUGGCCCCUCAUCUCAUGUCUAUGGCUCACCAGCUUUUCCCCAGACCCAGCUCCAGAGCCCACAGGCGUGGCCAAUGCAGAAACCUUAGGAACAUGUGUUGUGAAUGUUCGGUGCACCCACGUUGUAUUUACUUAGCGGAGUCAAUUCAGAUGCACGGGGCCACAGGCAGAAUCCAGAAGUUUCUGGACAAUUUUCAGAAUAGGCUGCCUCCUCCCCACAGCCUCUGGGAAGUAACAGUCAUAGCCCAGCAGUGUCUGGCCUAAACUUAACCAGAACAUUCUGCCCCCUGAAUGCACGUCUGAAAGAGUGGCCAGAAACGAGUGUGCUGGGCAGGAGACCAGCCCCAUCUGAGGCUCACAUGCCUCGUGGACAGUUGAACGUGGCCUGGGGCCCUGCUCACUUAAGCAUGUCGCCCACCAAGCUUGUCUGAGGCCACAGAGCAGCGUCCCAGCCAUUUUCCAGGACGGGUGGGUGCCCCAGUCCACGGCCCUGCCCCACCCGAACUCCUGCCUCACUGUGUGGCCUUGUGCAUCCCCAUGGCCUGACCCCGGGAACAGUCAGAGGAAGGGGCCCCGCCGUCCCGCCGGAGGCCUGGACCCAAGGGAAUGGCACUCAGAGACCACAGUCCAGACGUUUGUGUCUAGGCCUUGCUAGCAGCUACGGAAAUGCGUUCUGUUGGGAAAAGAUCAAAUUUAACAUAGAAAGAUUUUUACUGAAUUCCACUAAUUUUACAUUUGCAUCUCUCUCCUUUAAUCCUGAAACUUUUGAUUCCUAAAAAGUUUACAUAAUCAUUUGCUUUAUCGGAUGGUAUAUAUCAAUAUAUCAUGCUUUCAAAAUAAUGAGGGUAACUUUCUGCUGAGAAUACCACAAACCACAGAAAGCCUGGAGCUCGCUGACCAGAACAUGGUGCUUCACGGCCAUGCGGUUGAAUGCCGUGUUCUAAAGUCACGAGCGACUCUCCAGCCGGUCCCUGUGCCAGGCCGGUCGGCCUUCAUGCACACAGCCCGCCAGUGCCCAGCCAGGACCCUGGUUCCCCUCCGCUCCACCAGCCGAGAACAAGCCCGUCCUGCAGGGAACUCAUCCUCUCCUCCCUCUCCAUUAAAGCCCAGUUUCUUCCCCGUC